AUGGCUUCGCUACCUCCUCCACCGCCUCCAGGAUGGGGAGCAGGAGCUCCGCCGUCCAUGCCUUUUGCGCCUCCGCCCCCCGGGUACCAACCGCCGGCCGAUCCCAGAUUCGCCAAGUUCGAGCACAAGAAGAAGGAAUGGCUUCGAACUCAACGAAAUCGGUUUGGCGAGAAAAGGAAAGCGGGGUUUGUGGAAACACAGAAGGCGGAUAUGCCGCCGGAGCAUUUACGAAAGAUUGUUAAAGACAUUGGAGAUGUAUCGCAGAAGAAGUUCAGUACCGAUAAAAGAAGCUACCUCGGAGCGUUGAAGUUUAUGCCGCAUGCUGUGUUGAAACUAUUGGAGAACAUGCCAAUGCCUUGGGAAUCCGCUAGGGAGGUCAAAGUACUUUACCAUGUGAAUGGUUGCUUAACCCUCGUCAACGAAACCCCCCGAGUUAUUGAACCCGUUUUCCAUGCACAAUGGGCGACCAUGUGGGUUUGUAUGCGACGGGAGAAAAGUGAUCGAAGGCAUUUCAAGAGAAUGCGGUUUCCGCCUUUUGAUGACGAAGAACCUCCCCUGUCUUGGUCUGAAAAUAUUGAAGAUGUGGAACCUUUGGAACCAAUUCAAAUGGAACUCGAUGAGGCUGAAGAUGGACCAGUAUAUGAAUGGUUCUACGAUCAUAGACCUCUUCUUGAUACUCCCAAUGUAAACGGACCUAGCUACAAGGAGUGGAAUUUGACGCUACCGCAAAUGGCCACCCUAUACCGGUUGAGUCGACAGCUUUUGAGUGACGUCGUGGAUAAGAAUUUUAUGCAUAUGUUUGACAUGAACAGCUUCCUCACAGCAAAAGCCCUCAAUGUUGCUAUACCCGGAGGCCCCAGAUUUGAACCGUUAUACAAGGAUAUAGAUCCAAAUGAUGAGGAUUUUGGAGAGUUCAACGCUAUUGAUCGUAUCAUUUUCCGAGCACCGAUCAGAACCGAGUACAGAGUUGCUUUCCCUUAUCUGUACAACUCAUUGCCGAGGAGCGUGAAGCUGUCAUGGUACUCUUAUCCUCAAGUUGUAUAUGUCCGAACCGAUCCAAAUCUCCCUGCAUUCUACUUCGAUCCCGUCAUCAAUCCGAUAUCUUCUCGAUCAGUCGCCCCUAAAAACAUUACUGUCACCCACGAAGAUGAAGUCUUUGGUCCUGGAAACGAUGAAGAUGAUUUCGAACUUCCAGGUGAUGUUGAACCAUUUCUAGCUGAUGAAGAGCUUUAUACUAGCGAAACGGCAUCGGCUAUUAGUCUGUGGUGGGCGCCAUAUCCUUUCGAUCGCCGCUCGGGCAAAAUGGUACGGGCACAAGAUGUUCCUCUGGUAAAACAGUGGUACCUCGAACAUUGUCCUCAGGGCCAGCCCGUGAAAGUUCGUGUGUCAUAUCAAAAGCUUCUGAAGACUUAUGUUCUCAACGAACUACAUAAAAAGAAGCCCAAAGCCCAGAAUAAACAGAAUUUGUUGAAGGCGCUAAAAGGAACGAAAUUUUUUCAGCAGACAACAAUCGACUGGGUAGAAGCUGGCCUUCAAGUUUGUCGUCAAGGUUUCAACAUGCUCAACCUGCUGAUCCAUCGCAAAAACUUGACAUACCUCCAUUUGGAUUACAAUUUCAACCUGAAGCCUGUCAAAACUCUCACCACGAAAGAACGUAAAAAGUCUCGUUUUGGUAACGCUUUCCACCUGAUGCGAGAGAUCCUCCGGCUCACCAAAUUGAUCGUUGACGCGCAAGUUCAAUAUCGGCUUGGUAAUAUUGACGCUUUCCAACUUGCUGAUGGGAUAUUAUACGCAUUCAAUCAUGUCGGUCAACUCACAGGCAUGUAUAGAUACAAGUACAAGCUUAUGCACCAAAUAAGAUCUUGCAAAGACUUGAAGCAUUUGAUCUAUUAUCGCUUCAAUUCUGGAUCCGUGGGGAAGGGACCUGGUUGUGGGUUCUGGGCACCCGCGUGGAGAGUCUGGCUGUUUUUCCUCCGGGGCAUAAUCCCCCUUCUUGAACGCUGGCUUGGGAAUUUGCUCUCCAGGCAGUUCGAGGGUCGACAUAGCAAGGGUGUGGCAAAGACCGUUACCAAGCAACGGGUCGAGUCUCAUUUUGACCUGGAACUCCGUGCCUCCGUGAUGGCGGAUCUCAUGGAUAUGAUGCCAGAAGGCAUUAAGCAAAACAAGGUUAAUACAGUACUUCAACAUCUCUCGGAAGCUUGGAGGUGCUGGAAGAGUAAUAUUCCUUGGAAAGUACCCGGCCUUCCUGCUCCAAUCGAAAAUAUCAUCCUACGGUAUGUAAAGAGCAAAGCGGACUGGUGGAUAUCUGUUGCUCAUUACAAUCGAGAACGGAUUCGACGCGGGGCUACUGUCGAUAAAACAGUGGCUAAGAAGAACUUGGGCCGUUUGACCCGUCUUUGGCUGAAAGCGGAACAGGAGCGACAACAUAACUAUCUGAAAGACGGACCUUACGUAUCUUCCGAAGAAGCUGUUGCAAUCUACACUACGACCGUUCAUUGGCUCGAAUCUCGCAAGUUUUCGCCCAUUCCAUUCCCCAGUGUGUCCUACAAACACGACACAAAAAUAUUGAUUUUGGCCUUGGAACGCCUGCGUGAAGCGUAUUCCGUCAAAGGCCGUUUGAACCAAAGUCAGCGAGAAGAACUUGCCUUGAUAGAACAAGCCUACGAUUCCCCAGGGACAACACUGGCCAGGAUCAAAAGAUUCCUUUUAACGCAACGAGCUUUCAAGGAGGUUGGCAUUGAUAUGAACGAUAAUUAUAGCCACAUCAACCCAGUCUACGAUAUUGAACCUAUCGAGAAAAUCACGGAUGCGUACCUAGAUCAGUAUCUCUGGUAUCAAGCUGAUCAACGGCAUCUUUUCCCGUCGUGGAUCAAACCGUCUGACUCUGAGGUGCCGCCGCUACUUGUUUACAAGUGGGCUCAGGGCAUAAACAAUCUUUCGAACGUAUGGGAAACUGCCGAUGGCGAGUGCAACGUCAUGGUCGAGACUGAACUUUCGAAAGUGUACGAGAAAAUUGAUCUUACCCUACUUAACCGUCUACUCCGCCUCAUCAUGGACCAUAACUUGGCGGAUUAUAUCACUUCCAAAAACAACGUCCAGCUCAAUUACAAAGACAUGAAUCACACCAACAGCUAUGGUUUGAUCCGCGGUUUGCAAUUUUCAGGUUUCGUUUUCCAAUACUAUGGAUUGGUGAUUGAUUUGUUAUUGCUCGGAUUGCAGCGAGCCAGCGAGUUAGCUGGCCCGCCGCAAAGCCCUAACGACUUCCUGCAGUUCAGAGAUCGGGAAACGGAAACCAGACACCCGAUCCGCCUUUACACGAGGUAUAUUGAUAAAAUCUGGGUCUUCUUUCGAUUCACUGCCGACCAGUCUCGUGAUUUGAUACAACGAUUUUUGACGGAACAGCCGGACCCCAAUUUUGAAAAUGUCAUCGGAUACAAAAAUAAGAAGUGUUGGCCAAGGGAUUCUAGGAUGAGGUUGAUGAGACACGACGUUAAUCUUGGUCGUGCCGUUUUCUGGGACUUGAAAAACCGUCUUCCGAGGUCCAUAACAACAAUUGAAUGGGAUGACACUUUUGCGAGUGUGUAUAGCCGAGACAACCCCAACCUCCUGUUCUCAAUGUGCGGCUUCGAAGUCCGUAUACUACCAAAGUCUCGAAAUCAAAAUGAAGAGUUCUCGGAACGGACUGCAUACGCUUUCCUCCAAGUCACCGAAGAGGACAUUCAAAAAUUCAAUAAUCGUAUCCGACAGAUUCUCAUGUCUUCCGGGUCCACUACGUUCACCAAGAUCGCGAAUAAAUGGAACACUAGCCUGAUCGCGCUUUUUACGUAUUAUCGUGAAGCUGCAGUUUCUACGGUCAACCUACUGGAUACCAUCGUCAAAUGCGAAACUAAGAUUCAAACGCGAGUAAAGAUUGGCCUUAAUUCAAAGAUGCCAUCCCGUUUCCCUCCUGCGGUAUUCUAUACACCCAAGGAAUUGGGUGGGUUAGGUAUGAUUUCCGGAUCGCACAUCCUUAUCCCGGCAAGUGACAAACGAUGGUCGAAGCAAACGGACACUGGGGUCACGCACUAUAGAGCUGGCAUGUCGCAUGACGAGGAGACGCUAAUUCCCAAUAUUUUCCGUUACAUCAUUCCAUGGGAAGCAGAAUUCAUUGAUUCCCAACGCGUCUGGAUGGAGUAUUCGCAGAAGCGACAAGAAGCAAACCAGCAAAAUCGAAGAUUGACACUCGAAGACUUAGAGGACAGUUGGGAUCGCGGUUUGCCCCGUAUCAACACUCUAUUCCAAAAAGAUCGUAGCACUCUUAGUUUCGAUAAGGGUUUUCGUACUCGUACGGAAUUCAAGACCUAUCAGUUGAUGAAGAGCAAUCCUUUCUGGUGGACUAGUCAAAGACAUGAUGGAAAAUUGUGGAAUCUCAACGCUUACCGAACCGACGUUAUUCAAGCUUUGGGAGGUGUGGAAACAAUCCUUGAGCAUACGCUUUUCAAAGCUACUGCAUUUCCGUCCUGGGAGGGCCUUUUCUGGGAAAGAGCUUGCCUUGCCAAAGGAACACGACUGCUGCGAUACGACCGCACCGAGAUUAACGUGGAGGAUGGUCAAGAAGGUGACCAACUCCUUGGUCCUGACGGCCAUCCUCGCCGCGCCUUCAACAUUGUGAGUGGUCAAGACCGCCUAUAUCGUAUCAAAAUCGGCGAAGGCGUAGAAGACCUGGUAGUCACGCCAAAUCAUAUUCUGGUCUUUCACCGGGAGAAGCGCGCCGAGAAUAUGCCCUCUGGGCAGCAAGCUGGCGUAACUGAAGAGCGGCCACCUGAAGCUUCAGAGGCAGCACGCUACGACACCGUGGAAAUGACCGCCGCCGAAUUUGCUGCCUGUGACCCCAAGGAAAGAGUCUUGUACAAAGUGUUUAAAUCCCCAGCCUUUACAAUGCCUGAAAAAUCUGAAUCGGUCAACGCCGAAGCGCAUAGUUUUGUGGUUAAUGAUAUCAGCCUUGAAAGCGAGGAGACAGAGUGGGCCGGUUUUCGAGUCGAUCAAGACCAGCUUUAUUUACGCCAUGAUUAUCUUGUCUUGCACAACAGUGGAUUCGAAGAGUCAAUGAAGUUCAAGAAACUUACUAACGCCCAGAGAUCUGGUUUGAAUCAAAUUCCUAAACCGUCGUUUCACGCUGUGGUGGUCUCCAACUAUCAACCGUAUAUUCUUACAUGGCAAGAUCUCCACUUUGAAAAUCUCUUUGAUUCAAAUUUUUCCGAGCACAUUUGUGGGCAGAAGAUUCACGAGUCAGUUGUUAUGGAUCUUUGCCAGGUAUUUGAUCAAGAACUUGAGCAAUUGGGUGUUGAAACGGUCCAAAAAGAGACUAUACAUCCUCGAAAAUCCUACAAGAUGAACAGUUCCUGCGCCGAUAUACUUAUGUUUGCUACACACAAAUGGAACGUUACGCGCCCUUCUCUCCUGUUCGAUACCAAGGAUGUCAUCGAAGCUACCACGACGAAUAAAUUCUGGCUGGACGUGCAGUUAAGGUAUGGCGACUACGAUUCUCAUGAUAUUGAAAGAUACGUCCGCGCCAAGUAUCUCGACUAUACCACGGAUAGCAUGAGCAUUUAUCCAUCGGCAACCGGUUUAAUGAUUGGAAUCGACCUUGCAUAUAACCUUUAUUCUGCAUACGGACAAUAUUUCCCUGGAUUAAAAGCGCUCGUUCAACAAGCUAUGGCUAAGAUCAUGAAGGCAAAUCCAGCUCUGUAUGUUCUCAGAGAGCGUAUCCGUAAGGGUUUACAGCUUUACGCAUCGGAGAGCAACCAAGAAUUUCUGAACUCACAGAAUUACUCCGAACUUUUCAGUAACGAUAUACAACUUUUCAUCGACGACACCAACGUCUACCGUGUCACAAUUCACAAAACAUUUGAAGGCAAUUUAACUACAAAACCGAUCAACGGCGCCAUUUUUAUUUUUAACCCGCGAACCGGCCAGCUUUUCUUGAAAAUCAUCCAUACAAGCGUCUGGGCUGGCCAGAAACGUCUGGGUCAAUUGGCUAAAUGGAAAACUGCAGAAGAAGUGGCUGCCCUUAUCCGAUCUCUACCAGUUGAGGAACAACCCAAGCAGUUGAUUGUUACAAGAAAAGGCCUUCUUGACCCUCUCGAAGUGCACCUCCUCGAUUUCCCAAACAUUUCGAUUCGAGCAUCCGAGUUACAACUGCCCUUCCAGGCAGCCAUGAAGAUCGAAAAACUUGCAGAUAUGAUUCUUAGGGCAACCGAGCCGCAGAUGGUGCUUUUCAACUUGUAUGACGAAUGGUUAAAAACAAUCUCGUCGUACACAGCCUUUUCUCGAUUGGUCCUGAUUCUCCGAGCUCUUCAUGUCAACAUUGACAAAACGAAGAUCCUCUUACGUCCAGAUAAAACUGUAAUUACCCAGGAACACCAUAUCUGGCCCACUCUCUCGGAUGAAGAUUGGAUUAAGCUUGAAGUUCAGCUCCGCGACUUAAUCCUGAACGAUUAUGGCAAGAAAAACAAUGUCAACGUGCAGAGUUUGACAAGCAGCGAAGUUAGAGAUAUUAUUCUCGGUAUGGAAAUAAGUGCUCCGUCAUUGCAACGCCAACAAGCUGCCGAAAUGGAGAAGCAGCAACAAGAGCAGAAACAACUCACCGCUGUGACAACGAAAACACAAAAUGUACGCGGGGAAGAGAUUAUUGUUACAACCACGUCUCAGUACGAACAGCAGUCAUUUGCAUCAAAAACCGAAUGGCGUACCCGUGCCAUUGCCACAUCGAAUCUACGGACUCGGGCGAACAAUAUCUAUAUUUCAUCGGAGGACAUUCAAGAAGACGGACACUUCACAUAUAUCAUGCCGAAGAACAUUCUCAGGAGAUUCAUCAUGAUAGCGGACCUGAGGGUUCAGGUAGCCGGCUAUUUAUACGGCCGCUCACCACCGGAUAAUCCACAGGUUAAAGAAAUACAAACUAUUGUCAUGGUACCGCAAGUUGGGAAUACUCGAGAUAUUCAGCUUCCUCACCAGCUGCCUAAGCAUGAAUAUCUCAACGAUCUGGAGCCCCUAGGAAUCAUUCACACGAUGUCCGGCAAUGAGCCAUCAUACAUGACUGCUAUGGACGUGACACAGCACUCCCGUCUAAUGAAUGCACACGCAUCAUGGGAUAAGAAGACUGUGACGAUGACGGUCUCCUUUACGCCAGGCUCCGUCUCUUUGUCUGCAUGGGCAUUAACCCCCCAGGGUUAUAAAUGGGGUGCCGAGAACAAGGACACGAGUUCCGACCAACCGCAAGGGUUCUCGACCAGUUUCGGUGAGAAAUGUCAGCUCCUGCUCAGCGAUCGCAUUCGUGGCUAUUUCUUGGUUCCUGAGAACAAUGUGUGGAAUUUCAGUUUCAUGGGCAGUUCGUUCAGCAGUGUGGAAAAGAGACCUGUGUACGUGAAGGUUGACACUCCGCUGCGAUUCUAUGACGAUCAGCACAGGCCCCUGCACUUCCAGAACUUUGCUGAGUUGGAGGAUAUCUGGGUUGAUCUAAGCGAUAACUUUGCGUGA